AUGGACACCAUCCGGGCUGGGGAAACAUUGUCAACACUUCCCAGCCCAUUUCUCCGCCUCUUCACUUGUCUUCUCGCUCCGAGCGUCAUUCUGUGUCGACUUUCUCUGUGCUCUGAGUUCACCCGGCCAUGAGAUAGCAGUCGUGCAGCGCAAUCUAUCCAGAUACCCCACAGCCGCUUCCGUCAUCUGCUCCUGCUAAAUCGCCCAUCGCACCUCCCUCGUUCUUGCUCGCAGCUUCCCUGUCAACGACAACAUAAACAAUGGCUGGCCAAUCGAAGGUGGAAGCACUACCGCCAUGGGGUAAUGCUAUCGCAGGCUCAGCGGGCGCCGUCAUCGCGAAUGCGCUGGUGUAUCCGUUAGACAUAGUCAAAACUCGUCUCCAAGUCCAGGUCAAGCACUCUCGCUCCUCCGCCAGCCCCAGUCCAGCCGAUGGCGAGCAUUACACCUCCGCCAUGGACGCCAUCUCAAAAAUAAUCAAAGCAGAGGGCAUCCCUGGGUUGUACGCGGGCAUGCCAGGCUCGCUGAUCGGUGUCGCAUCCACAAACUUCGCCUACUUUUACUGGUAUACCAUCGUCCGCACGCUGUACUUGUCGUACCGGAAGACCUCAACAGCCCCGAGCACCGCCAUUGAGUUGUCGCUAGGAGCCGUUGCUGGGGCGAUCGCGCAGCUGUUUACGAUUCCCGUCGCAGUAGUCACAACCCGCCAACAGACAGUCAGCAAACAUGAACGGAAGGGUUUAAUCGCGACCGGGAAAGAGGUUAUAGAUAGCGAUGAUGGCUGGACCGGACUCUGGAGGGGAUUGAAGGCUAGCUUGGUGCUAGUUGUAAACCCAGCUAUCACGUACGGAGCAUAUCAGCGUCUGAGAGAAGGCAUAUUCCCCGGCAAGAAGACACUGCGACCGUGGGAGGCGUUUAUCCUCGGAUCCAUGUCGAAAGCCCUCGCAACCAUUGCAACCCAGCCGCUUAUUGUUGCUAAAGUUGGUCUCCAAUCCAAACCGCCGCCAGCACGGAACGGCAAGCCCUUCAAGACUUUUGGCGAAGUCAUGAGGUACAUUAUAGAGCACGAGGGGCCCCUGGCUCUAUUCAAAGGCAUUGGCCCUCAGAUCAUGAAAGGCCUCCUUGUUCAAGGCUUCCUGAUGAUGACUAAGGAGAGAAUGGAGUUGAUGUUCAUCCUACUAUUCAGAUAUGUCCGCCAAAUGCGAGCCGAGAAGCUCCGAAAGCUCGCAGACGUAGCCGCCGAGAAAGCGAAGCACGCGGGACCAAUCCUCACUAAGUAAAGGCAUAUAGCAAGCCAUUUUCUCUUUUUAGUGCUAUCUUGGGCAUAUAUUCUUACCUUGUCUGUAUCCGUAUAUUUGCAUUUUAGAAUCUCGGCUUUGUUGGCCUCUAUUUUUGGCUUCUGCUUUCUAGAUAUCGAUACACCAUCUAGAUUUCAUUUGCCUUGUUAGGCGUUCCGGCAUCGCAUUCGGACAUAUACGUAGGGUAGUUCCUCAAUUUGCUCUUAGAUUUUGCACA